AUGAAAUCACUCACUCCAAUCCUCGGCGCUCUUGCCACAUUAUGUAGCCUCACCUCGGCUCACUACCGCUUCACAAGCUUGGUGGUGGGAGGCACCAACACCGGCGAGUACGUCAACGUCCGGAGAAACACAAACCACAACAGCCCUAUCACCGAUGUCUCGAGCAAGGAUAUUGUGUGCAAUGCCGGCGGUCUCUCCUCUGGACCAGCCACCAAGAUCGCUACUGUCGCGGCGGGAUCCACCGUUGGCUUCGCCAUGGACCAGUCCAUUUACCACGACGGUCCCGUGAUUGUGUGGCUGUCACCCGCAGGCUCCAGCAACGUCACGACGUACGACGGCAGCGGACCCUGGGCCAAGAUCUGGGAGCUCGGCGCGGAGACGGGCAACGGACAGAUCAAGUUUCCCGCCUCCAACCAGGCAGCCUUCAACUUUCAAAUUCCAUCAUGCACGCCCCCUGGAGAGUAUCUCCUCCGCAUCGAACAGAUUGGCCUGCACUCAGCCAGCGCCAAGGGCGGGGCCCAGUUCUACAUCUCAUGUGCCCAGAUCAAAGUGACCGGCUCUGGAAGUGGUCAAUUUUCUCCGACGGUCAGGUUUCCGGGCGUGUACACUGGCAACGAGCCUGGAAUCUUGAUCAACAUUUACUAUCCCGUGCCAACUAGCUACACUAUCCCAGGAGGUCCGGUAGCCAAGUGUUAA